GGUCUCCUGGGUCCAAGUCUAGCCAAAAUGUGCGGUGCUUCAGCAUAUUACAACGUCCUAUCUAUCCUUAACGCGUUCGUAACGACGAAGCAAAAAAUAUCGGGAACAUGCGAACGCGUAAAAUCAAUCGAGACUCCGGAUCCCGGAUACGACUACAUCGUAGUUGGGGGUGGCGGUGCCGGAUCGGUUGUGGCUGCAAGACUGAGUGAGAAUCCUGAUUGGAAGGUAUUGAUCAUAGAGGCUGGUCCUGACGAGUCAGCAGGUGCAUCGAUCCCUGGGUUCCGUUUGCGGUAGCCGGUAGAUGCGGAUGAUUGGGGAUACCGAUCAAGAAACGAGAGUCAUGGAUGUCGUGCUACGAAUGGUUCCUGCCACUUUCAAGUAGCCAAAGUUCUCGGUGGCAGCACGGUUCAUAACGGGCUGGUUUACUUGCGGGGCAACCCGACGGACUAUGACAAUUGGGCUGCCAUGGGCAACGUGGGCUGGUCGUGGGGACACGUCAAGCCAUUUCUUCUUAAGGGGGAAAACAACGGCGAAAUCGACAGAGUUGGGAGCUUCUGGCACGCCACGGGGGGCCAGUUUCCGUUGAAAGAUUGCCGUACCAACCACCCCUAACAAAUUCCAUCCUCACCGCAGCUAUGGAGACGGGUGUUGGAAUCAGCGAAGACCUCAACGGAGAUCAGCUUACCGGUUUAAGCGUCGUUCAAACCACGAGCAAAGGUGGAGUCAGACGUAGCAGUGCCACGGCUUAUUUAUGGCCGGUCAGACACCGCAAGAAUCUUCAGAUAUACCUGAACUCCACCUGCACAAGAGUUAUAAUCGAGAAUAAGAUUGCAGUGGGUGUCGAGUACUAUCAGAACGACAAAUUUCUGACGGUCCGUGCAGCCCGAGAAGUGAUCGUUUUUGCAGGCACUAUCGCCUCGCCUCAACUCCUGCUUCUUUGCGGUAUCGGGCCCAAAAAACACCUUGAUUCUGUGGGAGUGAGGGUAGUCCAAGAUCUACCCGGCAUCGGCGAAAACUUUCAAGAUCAAAUUAUGUACAAUCUUCAGUACACUCUUGACGAGCCUGAUAUCUACGACAAUCAUUGGGCCGCUGCUUCCGAGGAUCUGGCCUUUCAGACCGGUCCUGUUUUUUGCAACGGACUUGAGCAAGUUGUGGGUGCGGUAGCGUCGAAAGCGACGUAGGCCACUUUUCCAGCCAUCCAGAUAUUCGCUUCUGGUUAUGUCGCAGGGUGUGCACCAGGUGAACUCGAUGCUUUACAAAGUACGGGCAAACGCACAGUGACUCCAUGGCCAGUGUAUCACCACACAAGAAGCAGGGGCAGAAUCAGUCUUGCUUCGAACAACCCCUUUGACAAGCCUGUAAUUUGGAGCAAUGUCUUGAGUGAGCCUGCCGACGUUGCUGGCCUCAUAGAAGCCAUAAAUAUUACCCUGAAACUGACGAACACCGACGCUUUGAAAGCCCACAAUUUCACCUUGUCCACCACACCUAUGGAUGUCUGCUCUGAUCACCCUUUUCUUAGCACGGAAUACUGGGUUUGUGCGUUACGACAAAGUGUAGUGCCCCGAGCUCACACGGGAGGAACCUGCAAAAUGGGUCCUUCCUCGGAUCCCAUGGCAGUCGUUGAUCCUCAGUUACGAGUCUAUGGGGUCGGGGGACUCCGCAUUGCGGAUGCUUCCAUCAUGCCCAUGGUGAGUUUCGUGCUGAUGGUUUUUGAAUCCAUUCCAAAAAC